GAAGGGCGGGAGUGAUGUGACUGUAACGGGAAGCUGUCGACGCGCGAGACCAGGCACUGCUCAGACACUUCCUUAUUCGUCGUGAGGGCGACAUAUCAAAUCAAUAGAUACUUCAGGGCUCGGUUUGUUUCCUGACAGACGACUUUUUUAAGAGAAAAGCGAAUAUCAAAGGGGAGAAAGCCCGCUGUUUUACAGUCUAACAUGCGACAGCGGUAAUCUGGCUAUGCUCGGUGAGCUGAGCUGAGCUAAGCGGGGGUGGUGGAGCUGCUGUCGGAUUCCAGCACAGCGGGUUUAAUUUACAUUCAAAGAAGUUGUAUAUAUUCAGCCAAGCCGCGAGUUAUGAUGAGAAAUCUACUAAGGCGAGUGGAUUUGAGGUUCUCUUGUGCUGUCAUGGUUCUGUCCGUCGACUGAGGUGAGACCGAGCGGUGGAUUUCGCUUCGACCGACAUCGAGGAGCAACGAGAGCAAGGAAGAAGGCGAGCAACCAGAUGCGAUGGAUUUAAAAACUGCUGUCUUCAAUGCAGCCCGAGAUGGCAAGCUCAAGCUGCUUCAGAAGCUUUUAGAGAACAAAACUGAUCACGAGGUUACAAAACUGAUGUCUGAGAAAACGAAUGGAGCUACGCCACUGUUAAUGGCAGCUCGCUAUGGGCACCUUGAUUUGGUCGAGUACCUUCUGGAGUGUUGCUGCGCCCCUGUUGAAGUCGGAGGAUCUGUCAAUUUUGACGGCGAGACCAUCGAAGGAGCCCCUCCGCUGUGGGCCGCGUCGGCUGCGGGACACCUGAAGGUAGUUCAGUCGCUCUUGGGCCAUGGUGCUUCUGUUAACAACACCACACUCACCAAUUCAACUCCUCUGAGAGCUGCGUGCUUCGAUGGCCACCUCGACAUCGUCAAGUAUCUGGUGGAGCACAAAGCUGACCUGGAAGUGGCCAACCGGCAUGGCCACACGUGCCUCAUGAUUUCUUGUUAUAAGGGCCACAAAGAGAUUGCACAGUAUCUGCUGGAGAGAGGUGCUGAUGUAAAUCGGAAAAGUGUCAAAGGUAACACCGCCUUACACGAUUGUGCUGAAUCAGGAAGUUUGGAGAUAAUGAAAAUGCUUCUGAAGUAUGGUGCCACAAUGGAAAAGGAUGGCUAUGGAAUGACUCCUUUACUCUCAGCCAGUGUCACCGGGCACACAAACAUCGUAGACUUCCUCACACAGCACCCUCAAACGAACAAAAUGGAACGAAUUAAUGCUUUAGAAUUGCUGGGUGCUACUUUUGUGGACAAAAAGAGGGAUCUUCUGGGUGCUUUAAAAUACUGGAAGAGAGCCAUGGAGAUGCGAUACAGUGACUUCAACAAUGUCCUCUUUAAAGGAGAACCUAAAGAACUUAUAAUGGCAUAUGACUACGCCAAGGAGGCCGGGAGCAUGGAAGAGCUGGACAGUUUAAUCUCGGACCCAGAUGAGAUGCGAAUGCAGGCUCUUCUUAUCCGAGAACGCAUUCUGGGCCCAUCACAUCCAGACACGUCAUAUUACAUUCGGUACCGAGGAGCUGUCUACGCCGAUUCAGGGAAUUUUGAACGGUGCAUAAACCUGUGGAAGUACGCCCUGGAUAUGCAACAGCAUAACUUGGACCCACUUAGUCCUAUGACUGCCAGCAGCUUGCUCUCGUUCGCUGAACUGUUUUCUUUCAUGCUGCAGGACCGUGCCAAAGGCCUUCUGGGGACCUCUGUGUCCUUUGAUGACCUCAUGGGCAUCCUUAGCAAAAGCGUGCUGGAGAUCGAGCGCGCCAUGAAGCAGCGGCAGCCCGGACCCGACCUGGCUCAGCUCAGUAAGGCACUCGCCAUCAUCCUGCACCUCAUCUGUUUACUGGAGAAAGUCCCGUGCACGGUCGAGCAGGACCACUUCAAGAAAGAAACCAUUUACAAGUUCCUCAAGCUGCAGCCGUGCGGGAAAAACGGCUACAGCCCCCUUCACCUAGCUGUGGACCGAAACACGACGUGUGUUGGCCGCUACCCCGUCUGCAAGUUCCCCUCAUUCCAGGUGACUUCCAUUCUUUUGGAGUGCGGUGCUGAUGUGAACUGUCGUGACGAAGACGAUAACAGUCCUCUGCACGUCGCCGCCUCCAACAACCACCCCGACAUCAUGAAGCUGCUUAUCGCAGGUGGCACACACUUUGACAGCACCAACUCUUUCAGGCAGACUGCAUGUGACCUGUUGGACGAGAAGGAGAUGGCUAAGAACCUGAUUCAGCCCAUAAAUCACACCACGCUGCAGUGCUUGGCCGCUCGCACCAUCAUCAAGUAUAAUCUCGCGUAUAGAGGAAAUAUUCCAGAGAAGCUUGAGGCAUUUGUGCUGCUGCACAGAUAAUGACUAAGGCACUGUCAAAGUUGGUUUAAAAAAAAAAAAACACGGAGCACAGAACUCAUUUUGAGUUCCCGUUCUCAACAUGUACAGAAUAAAAGACUAUCACAGACUUUGAGAAUAGAUCAUGUCGGUUCUGUGGGCAUGCCUGAUAUUUUCUCCCACACAAUGCUGAUUUCUUGCUGUUCACUGAAAUUAUCAUUUGCAGUUUUGCCUGAUCCCUCUGCUUUGUAUUUGUCACUAUGCAAAGGUGGUGGGAUGUGUCUAACUUAAUUUCUCUUUCCUCUGACUGGCGUCUGCACAAUACUGCACAAUACUGUUGUAUUUCUACCCUCUUCUGACCCUGUGGUUAUGCCCUCAUUUCAUUCUUUUUGUCAAUAUUUUGGGAAUGGAACGCACUCAAUUACUCCAUUCGAGAAUACAGAAGCUUUAUGACAUGGUUGACGUUAUGUGAAAACCAUAAGUGCUUUAUCUCUCCUAUGCACAGCGUAUGAUAUUGCGACUGUUCCAUGUUCCUGGACUGGACUGUGCCACUGUUUUCUAACUGCCUGACUACUGUCUUCAUUUUCUCCAGUUUUCCUUAACUUGACUGCGAACCUGCAGCAAAAAAGUAAUUUAGGGUUUUAUUUUUUAAAAUAAUAUAUUCAGAGGUUAAGUCUGGAGCUUCUUUGAAUUGUCCUCUGAACCCAAUUGUUUUGAGGCAGACAAUAAUUAAACUGUUGGAUCAGUUUUCUUAAUUUACAGAAUAUUGUGUGUUAAAUCAAUGCUGAUCUUGUCUGGGUCACUGAAUUGAGAUUUCUUAUUCCUGAUAAUAUUUGUAAAAUAAGGUAUCAUUCAUGAAUAAAUUCUUUAUUCUAGAUCCAGUUUUGCAGAAAACAAGGGCUUUUCGUACUUAGGCACACAUUUCACAAGCAGAAGAAACAAAUGUACAGUCCGCGCUGUCAGAAAACUUGCACUUUAUUGCAGUGGCGUUUUGAAAUUCCUUUUCCAAUUGCUUGUCAAUGUUCCCAGAGCAUAUUUAACAAUAAACCUUGUUGCACUUCU